GUAAAAAGGCUUGAAUUCAGAUUAAACCCAUUUGUGAUCUGAAACCCAGAUUGUCUUAUGCCAUUGCAUUGUUUUUGGGUCACUGACUUCCAAAAGGUUCAUGCGGGUCCUCCGGAACUUGAGUUGGCAUAGCUACCCAAAAGGAAGAUAUUGAUUGAAAGGCAGCAAAGGACAAAUAGUUGGUGGUGAGACGGUUGUUCCAAUUGCGAAACUUACCCCCAUUCAAUCAAAGGUGCAAGCGUGCAUUUGGGCACAGGCCCCUAACCCGCAGCCCGUGCCUACGGGCUAUGUGGCUCGAGCUGAUCAAACCCUUCAGCCUUCUUAGAUAGCGAACCAGCAGGAUUUCCUGCACGGCCUCGGCCGAGACAAAGGUCAAUCGGGCAUGCGAAUACUGCCAGUUUUCCUUUUGCUGUGCCUGUCACCAGUGGAUGGUCGUGUCAAGGGCUUGUUCUCGAAGUACACCAAGGUCCUUCCUGAAAAGGAGUGCACAUGCAAUUGCUGCAUUCGAGAGCAAAGGCGGCCUAGCGAAAUCUCAGACUCAAAGAAAUCGUUUUACAAGUGUGCGCUGGCACCUGCCAGCGACAACCAGUACGUUCAAAACAAAUGCUCAGAUAGCUGCACCGUGGUGAACGAUCCCAUCUUCCCACGAGCGAGCACGAUCUCAGCAAACCGUUUCUGCUUUUACCACUGUGUGCCGACAAGCGGAGGCUCCUCUUCACCGCAGCAAGCUGCUGCCAAGAAUCAGGACGUAGAGGCACUCCUGAAUGGCGGCAGCCUGCUGGAUGCCCCUUGCAUCUCCGUUCCGGAGGAUCGCUUGGAGGAGGCCAUGAGUCCAGAUGGAAAUGGAAGAGAUGCACAGCUGGAAGCCUGAUGGACAUUUUCAGUUUCACUCUUUGGAGGUUGGCAGAAGUCACUCAGCAUGAAGACAUCCAAUAUGGUAAGAGCCUACAGACAUCCUCCAUGUAGAUACAUGUAGAUACUUGAACAGACAUCCGUACGUGGCAAAGAAGCUGCUGAUGCUCUCACAGCAUGGUUUGCGGGA